CUCAUGUGAUUCCCCGCCCCUUCUCCCCCGCUCCAGCACAGUAGCGUCAACUGUCCAGCCUCACGUUCAGUAAUCCUCAGGCGGAACUCUGCAGCCUCGGGGGGAGACUGUGGAGACAUGCUCUGUCUCAGAGACACAGCUGCAAGAACAGACAUGCUGUUACUUUAUGGAAAUAUCCUAAAGUGAUAUACUGUAUGAAGGAGAAAGAAAGGCCCUCCAAUUUAUCUCAAGAUGAAUCGUUACAGAGAUGAGGCGGAGUACAUGCCUAACAGUCUUCUGAGCUCUCACAGUUCUGUACACGAAGUCCAGUCAAUCAACAGUACAGAGCUUGUAUCAAGACUUGAAUCUUUAGAGGGCUCAGGAAAAAAAGGAAUCUCAGAUGUUCGAAGAACUUUCUGCCUUUUUGCGACCUUUGACUUCCUGUUUAUCACUUUGCUGUGGAUUAUAGAAUUAAAUGUACAUGGAAGUAUUUUGGAUGCUUUGCAAAAGGAAGUUUUAAACUAUGACUACUAUUAUUCAUUCUUUGACAUUUUUUUGCUUUCAUUCUUUCGAUUUAAUCUACUUAUUGCUGCUUACGCAAUGUGUAAGCUACGGCAUUGGUGGGCAGUAGCGGUGUCAACAGCAAUAACUUGUGCCUUCUUGUUAGUGAAAGUCAUCUUAUCUAAGCUCUUUUAUACUGGUGCUUUUGGCUAUGUCCUUCCAAUUAUGUCCUUUAUUCUGGCAUGGAUAGAAGCAUGGUUCCUUGACUUCAAAGUAUUGCCUCAAGAAGCAGAGGAAGAAAAAAGGUUUCUGAUGAUACGGAGUGUUUCUGAACGAGCUGCUGUUCCCCCACCGGGGCCUAUGUCUGAAGGCCAGUUCUAUUCUCCACCUGAAUCCCUGACAGGUUCAGAGGAUGAGACAGAGGAAAUACAGGAUGAUGAGAAGCCUCUUUGUCAGUGAAAUGUGUAUUAACAGGUGUGAAAUAUUUUGCGCUCUAGAAAUGUAUCAGCACACUACUGUCAACAACAAUGAAUCCUAUUCAGAAAAGUUAAACUUUAAGGGGGUUAUUUAUCAAAGGUCGAGCUUUUGAGUUUUUUUCUACCUCAAAUAAGCUCACAACUCGACUUGAAUUAUGACUUGAGUUGAGUCAUAGUCUAAAAAACGUCAAAUACCUUACAUUUAUCGAGUUUUUUCAAGUGCAAAACCACUGUAAAAAACCCUAAAAUUGUGAAGGCAAAAAACAUCUUCAAAUGGUUAAAGGGACCUCUGCCAUUGACUUCUACAUGACCUCAGCAGGCUUUAGCUGGAGUCAUUUUGGAUUCUGGCAGCUUCGGGAGAUAAUAAAUCGCGAAAAAUUUGAGUAUCCUGGAAAAGCUCAAAUUUUUCAGGAAAACACAACUUGGCAUUUGAUAAAUGUCCCCCUAAGCCUUUGCCCUUCAUACAUCUCAUUAAUAUUGUGGUAUCUCCAUAACAAGAAAGAUGGUUGUUAAAUUGCUAAAAGAUGGGUUUAUUCUCAGGGAAAGAAAAUGGAGGCCUUAUCGCACCAGCCCUAGAUAAAAGAUACCCCCUGAUGCUGUUUAUAAGAUAUUCAUUAUAACUAAUGAGAUCUUAGGAGAAAAAGUGAAUAGGAUCUGAUCUCUACUGGUAUAUAACAUUUUAGUGGGGUAAUGUAAUAAAUGGUAUUCAGUUUGUUGCUUGUCUAGUAACCCAUAGCAGCCAAUCAUCAUAUAUAAUUUAAUGGUCAGCUGUAUGAGAAAAACAUAUCAUUGGUUGGUAUAGGCUACUAGGUGUGGGCAAAUUUAGGACUUUUUAUUACAUUACCCCUUAAUGUUUAGCACUUUAGCUGUUUGUAUGUGAUAUAAAUCCCUUGGACCUACAGUAUCUCAGUAUCUCUACAACCAGUUCAACAUGAAACCUAACAUUUUUCCCUAAAAUAGAAUCAAAAUUUAAAAGAUAAGUGCAUUUCUCAUAUCUUAAAAGGUUCUACACAUUAAGGCAAUUCAAACCAACUAACCGACCCCCUAGGUAUUGCGCUUGUAUGAAAAGCUUAUCCUGUUUUGUAGAAACUGUAAAAUAAAUUCUAUUUAAAAUGGAAAGCCCCUGACAUAUAG